GAGGAUAAGUGGGAUUUUUGUUAACGCAUGCGCAGAUCCUAUGACCGGCUCAAGUCUGUGCGUUCACUGUUCAGUCAAGAAUGGCCGACUACGACGACUUAAAGCAUAUGGUGAUGAGCUUCAGGGUCACGGAGCUCCAGGUGUUACUAGGCUAUGCAGGACGUAAUAAAAGUGGACGAAAACAUGAACUCCAGGCACGAGCAUUGUCGCUCCUGAAAAACAACUGCAGUACCCCCGUGCAAAUCAAGAUAAAGGACUUGUAUCGCAGGAGGUUUCCUCGCAGACUCGUCGCUCCACCACCUUAUCUUUCCUCGGCAUCCGAACAGCAAACAAAACUGCCUAGCCACUCGUUAAACUCGAGUUCUUUGUACUCGCAGCAGCAGCAGCAUGGACACUCACAGGCUCAGCAUUCUCCGCCGUCAUCCGGCCACCACCAUACCUCCUCUCAUGGACUUUCCCACUCGUCACAUAACUCACACAGCUCACAUUCGUCGUCGUCGCAUGGAGGCUCGCAAAGUAGUUUGCACACUAGCUCACAUGGAAGCUCGCAUAGUAGCAGUACGCACAGUUCAGUAUCUCCGUUGGGGUCGUCUGUCCAUGCAACGCAAGCGUACCAUCCUGAUGUGAAACUCAAGAUCCUACCCUUCUUCGACAUUCUGGCAGAACUUGUCAAACCUUCAGCACUUAUGGUGUCGGGGAAAUACCGAGAUGCUCAGCAGUCUACCCUCUUCCACCUCACACCCGCCCAAAUCCAACAGAUCCUGGAGUCGCAAGACCCAAGAACGCGUAAUUUUGCAGUACAAGUUCAGUUGAGAUUUUGCUUAGCAGAAACCAGCUGUGAACAAGAUGAUCGCAUUCCAACUAGCGUUACAGUCAAAAUCAACGGCAAGCUGUGUACCCUACCUCCGUGCUUUCCACAGAACAAGCCUGGGGUGGAGGUGAAACGACCUGGCCGACCUAUCAACAUUACUCAGCUGACGAGACUCAAUGCAACCAUGCCCAACUACAUUGAAGUCCAAUGGAUACCAGAAAUAGGAAGGUCCUACUGCCUGUCUGUGUACCUGGUCCGUCAACUCAAUUCAGAGGUUCUACUCACAAGGUUACGCAGCAGAAGCAUCAGAAAUCCAGACCAUUCAAGGGCACUUAUCAAGGAGAAGCUAACCCAUGAUCCAGACAGCGAGAUAGCGACCACCAGUCUUCGAGUCUCCCUCAUCUGUCCUCUAGGCAAGAUGAGGAUGUCGGUACCAUGCCGACCCGUUACUUGCUCUCAUCUCCAGUGCUUCGAUGCAUCCCUCUAUAUCCAGAUGAAUGAAAGGAAACCUACUUGGAUAUGUCCUGUAUGUGACAAGAAGGCUCCAUUCGACUCACUGGUUAUUGAUGGCCUUUUCCUGGAGAUUCUACGCAACCCUCCCGAGAGCAAUGAGAUCAUCUUCGUUGAGGAUGGUUCCUGGACUCCUCUUGGUCCCAAGCAAGAGAAACCAUCCCAUGUCCUCUCCUCAUCUGUUACAGCAAUAGUGUCCUCACCCUCCAGUGCUCCUGCAGCUCCACCUAGCACAUCACAAUCAGCAGACAGUCCCAAACCCAAAGAAGUGGUCAUUGACCUCACAUUGAGCAGCUCUGAAGAAGACGAUGAUGACGACGAUGACGAUGAUGAUGAGGAGGAUGAUAUGCCACUCAGACCUGCCAUGGUCAAGGAGCCCGAGCCACAGAAGAUAGACAGCGACAAGGAUGGGGACAUCGAGGAGGAGAUGGAGGAGGAAGAAGAGGAUGAGGACGAUGACGAUGACGGGACAAUCGAACAGGAUUACACCACCGCACGGGAGCAGCAGAUUCCAGACGAUGACGACGAUGACGACAUCAGGGAAGCACCUGUGACGUCGUCGUCGUCGAGCACGGACCAGGCCAGCGGUCGCGUGGAGAGAGGCCGGGAGACGCCGCACAUGCCUCCCUUGCCCAUGCUGCCGACGCCAACGUCCAAAGGACUGCGGUCAACGUUCCUGGAGAGCGUAUCCCAUUCCCUAGUGCCUCCGGUAUCGUCCAUUGGUCAUCGGAUUUUGCCUGGUAUAGAUCUACCAGCCCCAGGCCCUCUCUCCUUGUUCCCUGACUAUACCUCACUCCUAGGUCUGCAUCCGCUCCCGACUAACUCUGCCGACUAUCAAGCAGACUUGGACCUUUAUUCUUUGCUUCAGAGUGACAGGAUCCAGUACCCACCCCCUCCCUACUACAUUGAUCAGCAAGGAGCGAGCCGUAGCAGCAGCGUGGCCACCAGUUCUACAACAAGCAGAGCUGGUAGCACAAGCAGCGGUCAUGGCAUUGGACCUCCAGAUGUUAUCCCUCUGGACUAGACCCCUCUGGACUACACCCUCUGGACUACAUCCCCUCCACAGUCCCACGUCUACCAUGAGCACAGCUGGUAGAACAGGCAACGGUCAUGACAUUGAAGCUCCUCUAUGGUUCUGGACCAGAACCUCUCCACACACCCCUUGUUCUAUGACAAGCAGAGGCUGUGGCACAGGCAGCGGUCAUGGCAUUGGACCGCCUGAUGAUGCCUUUGGACUAGACCUGGACCACAAGUCCACCAAACUGCUAUCCCUUGAACUUUGAGCCUUUCAUGAAAGGGUUUUAUGCGGAAAAGUUUAAGCAGCUAGCCUUUUUGUUUUAAAUCAAAGUAAACAGGACAACUGACAGGAAGGAUAUACUACAGCCAUAGUGAAUAUACAGGGGCCCAGAAUCUGUAUGCAUCCCAUCUUUUUGGCCAACUCUCAUUGAAUGCAUGAAUCAUGUGAAUACACUCCCUCUACCACCAUAUCCUGGAUCUGUCACUUUAGGACUUCAGGAUAGAUAAUUGAAUUUCAGUAUUCUCCAGUAUAACAUUUACAGAUUAUUUUUUGUAUUGUUGGCCUUUAUAAUACAGAAUGUCUGAAACAUUUAAUGAACAUUUUACUACUGUAGAGAAAUAUUUUGAUGUCCUUAUAUACUUACAUACCUAUCCCAGACUUAAAAAUCAUGAGCAUGGAUUUAAAAUUAUUCGCCAGUUCAGCUCAGCCCAAGAUAUUAUGGACACAUUAGAUCUAACCAAAGCAUAACAAUAGCAUACCUAGCACAAAUUUCUCCUGUUAACAUUUUUUUUUAAAUUAGAAGCCAGCAUGAUGUACUGGAUGAUGUGACUUUGACAUAUGUACAUGAUACUGAUAAUGGUCAAGAAGAAAAAGUAACUUUCUUUCUAUUAUCAUGUAUUUUCAUAUUGUAUACAGAUGGUACCAUGUAUAUCUUCUGUUUGGAGCCAGAAGGGCGUUAACUCAUAUACUUUAACACAGAGUGAAUGCCCUUCUAGCUUUAGAUAUCCCACCGCUGACAUCGUGUUAUAUAUUGAUAGUGGUAAAUACACAAAUCUAGGGAGGACAGAGUUGUGUGUAUGUUAAUUUUAGUCAACCAUUUAUUCUUUAAAGUGGUAUUGUUUCAGUAUCGAUAUUUGGCAAACAGAACAGACAAUAUUUUAUGUUGGUCUGCAUGAGAUUAAAAAAAAAAAUUGAUAUGUUUUGAUUUCAUGGUACUUGAAAACUCAUGUACCUUGUGCAUCAUUUUUUAUGUUGUUGCUGUCGUGCCUUGUAUUUUGUUGUUUUUACUGCAAGUAUUAGCUUGGUUGUUAACAUGUACUUGUGAAAAUCAAUGCUAUUAUAGAGACAGUACCGGUAUACUGUCGGUGGAUGUUAGGUGUGUAUAUUAUUCAAGACAAGUCGGUUUUAAAGACUUGUUGCAAUUUUGUCACUUAGACAUUUGCGGAAAAACAUUCUGUGUGAUUUGAUUUAUCAAAUUAUACGAGUGGAAAUAAGUAUAUUUUUAAUCGUAUCAAAAUGACUGGAUUGAUUUUAAUGGAAUGAGAAAUGAAUCAUAAGUCAUGAGAAAGUAAUAUUGAUGUAUUUCCAUGGCAACAAAAAUAUGAUUUUAUGCCAUUUCUGAUUUGAUUGAUUCUGUUGUUUUUUUGUUUCACUAUGUAUUUACAGCUUAUUUGCUAUGCCAAUUUUAUGAAGAUUCACCUCAUAAUGUGCAAUUUUAGUGAUAUAGACAUUUUUGUGAUAUAAAAAACUAAGCAAACAAAUCACUGUUUAGAAAGGAAAACACACUUAAAGAAAUUUUCCGUUCACAUUUGUAUUUCCUUUAUUGUGAGAUGAUUGCCUAAAUAGCUUUUGAUAUGAUAAUGCUAUACAUAACAUGGUAAAGUCUUUGAUUGCUUAAAGCCACUAUAAUAUGAUGAGUAAAGGAUUCUUCCUCCUGGGCUAUAUUAAAAGUUUGCUUAUUAUUAUUAUUUUUGUAAUCAUGAACUUCUUCAAGAUUUGAUGUUCUUGUGAUUAUCAUUGACCUGUAUUUUCAUGCCAGAACUCUUUUAAAACUGUUAACAAGAAAGUAAGAAUGUAAUAGCCACAUGCUUAUAUUCCUUUUUAAGUCUGCUGUAUCUAUAAUAGCAUGACUGUAUCAAUGUAGACCAUUUAAAGAGUAUGACUUGUAGUGGGUGGAAUAUUUAUUAUUUUUGAAUUAUUAAAGGAAUGGAACUGCAAUAAAUUGUAAGUACCUCAUUUUAACUUUGUCAUGUGAACCUUGCAGUGUUUAGACUUGUUAAUAACUGGAUAUGCAGAACUUUUGGUCCUCUAUUUUCAUCAUAUGUAAUUUUUGUGUAAAUAGUAUUUAUUAUAAAAGAAUAAUGCAUUACAGUGUACAGAGAUUUAAUGAAUUUUGGCUGUAGUAGUAUUUUUAGGAAGUUGAUAUUUUAU